UGUCGCUCUUUGAUGACGAGUGUAUAAAUGACCGUGACCGUUUGACAUGUUUUAGGAAUAUAACGUGCGAGAUACAAUGACUCUGCCUGCAUUGUUGAAUAGUUUAAGAUCUUCCUUGCUACACAUCGAAAGCAGGCUUCUGUGGGCGGCCGGAAUAGAAAGACGGUCGGUUCCAGCCCUGGUAGGUAAUGGCUCCAGUCCGCUCUCUUUUAUCGAUGAGCAGCAACAGAAAGAUGGGCAGUGGCUGGAACGACCUCCCGGCGUUCUUGACAGCAUCUUGUGGAUGGCAGCACCCAAGAAGAGACGCACCAUUGAGGUCAACCGAACAAGAAGGAGGGCUGAGCCCAAACUUGUCAAAGUUAAGCUGAACAUCGAGCCAUGUCCAGAGUGCGGCCACCUCAAGCAGAAACACAUCCUGUGUGGCUUCUGUUAUGCUAAAGUGUGCAAAGAGACUGCUCGGAUUCGCAAUCAAAUUCAAGCGAUGGAGGGUGGUCCUCUCGGGGCCCCGAGUGUGGAGACCAUUGUUAUGUAUGCGGACGAGAAGCCUAGCGAGGCGGACCAAGGCAAGAGGAUAGUGGAGAUGCCCAGGAAGCGGCCCUCCUGGUUCGGCCACUAAUGCUCGUGUAGUCCGGCUGCAUGCAGUACACACCUUUGUGUUUUAAUGCACACUGACUUUUGUGCUAUCAUCUGCUGUCUGUAAUAAUUGUGGCUUGAUAUCUUUCUGGAGGCACAGGCCAAGAGCAGCCUUUGAUUAUGUUUAUGCUGGUGUGUAUGUGCAAAGCAAAAACUGAAACUGAAAAAUUUUUUGUUUGGUAAUAAAUCCAUAACGUGGUGGGGGGAAAAA